GUCAAGCCUGAUGUUCGUCCACUUGACACCAACGAGCUACCGAAGAAUGUUGUCUUCAAAAAUGCUUUUGAACGAUUUUGGAGACAAGAUCCCUUCGUUAAAGCUCUCUGGGAACAGUGGCAGUCCUAUGGGGAUGAGUUGGAGUGGAACCCCUGUAUUCUCCGGGCGCCCACACGGAGGAGUGACGGUGUCAUCAAUACGUGCUCGAUCGGUAUACUCGAUUCGACUAGAGUAUAUCUCUGGUGUGAAGACUUUGGGCUCUGGACAGGCCUGCCCAAACUCUUCUCGUUGGCUUCUUGCAUGGAAAUAUUAUCUAGUACCAACAUACUCGGUAAAUGCUACGGCGCUCUCGUGGCGUUAUUGCAGUCAGCUAUCAACCUGGAGCUCCAGGGCUUAAACAUCACCACUGCAUCGCAGAUGGAUCCUUUCUACAAGGCAAUAGAGAGAGAUAUUGAAAACAAGGAUGAGGAAAGAGCCAAGCCCUUCAUC